ACUUUCCUUUUCUUACCGACAGGACUCGUAGGAUUCGAACCAUCGCCUGUGGUUGUUACCUGAACUAUUUCGCCAUUGCAUUGGUGUACUUUGGCCUUACAAUAAGUGGAGGGAACUACGGGAUUGACAUCUUCUUUCAUGACGUUAUCGGGGGUGAUGGAAGCGCCUGCCUGUCUAGCUUUUCCGUUGGUAAAUCGUGUCGGUCGCAAAGCCAUAAUAAUCUGUUGUUCUCUCUUCACCGGCGCUUGUCUCCUCAUCACACCCUUCCUCCCUGCAGGGAUCGAUUGGUUGGAGGUCACGCUGGUCAUGCUAGGGAAAAUGGCCGUGAACGCAGCCUUCACCGUCAUAAUUUAUUUCACGACAGAGUUAUUCCCGACGGAGGUGAGAGUCAGAGGACUAGGUACAAGCCUCAUGGUGUCUCGUAUCGCUACCAUGUUGGCUCCCAUCAUCGUCGAAUACCUGGUGCUGGUAUAUAGCCGGCUGCCCUCGGUGGUGUUUGGAACAGCGACGCUGGUGACGGGAUUGGUUACUUUCAACUUACCCGAGACUUUGGGUGUCGCUCUUUCAGACACCAUCUCUCACCUGGAGAAGGAACACCAACAAAGAGUCGAUGAUGAACUGAAGAAACCGGAAAUAUAAAGAAAUGGACCACCUGUGACAAUUAUUUCUUAUAUAUCCACCAAGAAAUCGUGAUUUGUAAAUACUGCCUCGGCCAGUGGGACCUUGGAUGGUGGACUUGUGUAUUAAAUCAUCGUUGAAUGCGCUUGUCAGGGAUUUAACUGUAUAAUUUAUGUAAUCCACUUGUUAAAAUGUAUGAAUUAUUAUUAUUAUUAAUAUUAUUAUUAUUAUUA